UAACAUCAUAACAUAAUAACAAUAUCAUUACCACUUGAAAUUAAUAACCUUAUAAUUGCUCUAUAGUAAAAUAAAAAAUAAAUAAAAAAUCAGCAAAAAGGUAAUUAAAAUUAAGUUAAAAAUAAUUAAUUAAAAACAAAAGUAUUCGGGCAAGAAAGAGCAGAAAAUUCUGAUAGAUUCCCUCCCCUACUUGACAGUUGUGUCGCCCCCAUCUUUCUCUCUCUUCUUCUGCUUCUCUCACAUCACAAAUUCUUCUUUCUUCUCUUUCUCUCUCCUCCGAAGAUCGGAGUUCGUCUUCAAUGGCGUCGCUCCUUGAAUCUGGAUGGCAGUAUCUGGUAACUCAUUUCAGCGACUUUCAAUUGGCUUGCAUCGGAAGUUUCAUCCUUCAUGAGAGUGUCUUCUUCUUAUCAGGACUUCCUUUUAUAUUCCUUGAGAGGGGAGGAUACCUUAGCAAAUACAAGAUACAGGCUAAAAAUAACCCUCCUGAGGCUCAACAGAAAUGUAUAACACGGCUAUUGUUGUAUCAUUUUUGUGUCAACCUGCCGGUGAUGCUCUUGUCGUAUCCUGUCUUUAGAGCUAUGGGGAUGCGAAGUAGUCUACCCCUGCCUUCCUGGAAAGAAGUGGUGCCUCAGAUAAUAUUUUACUUCAUCCUUGAAGAUUUUGUGUUUUACUGGGGGCACAGGAUAUUGCAUACAAAGUGGCUAUACCAGCAUGUUCAUAGUGUCCAUCAUGAGUAUGCUACUCCAUUUGGACUGACUUCUGAAUAUGCUCAUCCAGCUGAGAUACUGUUCCUUGGCUUUGCAACAAUUGUUGGACCUGCCAUCACAGGUCCCCAUUUGUUUACUCUUUGGUUGUGGAUGGUGCUUAGAGUGCUUGAGACCGUUGAAGCACAUUGUGGUUAUCACUUUCCUUGGAGCCCAUCAAACUUUUUCCCUUUAUAUGGAGGUUCUGAUUUUCAUGACUACCAUCAUCGUCUGUUGUAUACAAAGUCUGGGAACUACUCAUCGACAUUUAUGUACAUGGACUGGAUUUUUGGCACUGACAGAGGUUACAGAACAUUGAAGGCACUUAAGACUGUUGAAGUUGAUGGCAAGAAAAUGUAAGAAGCUAAAGAGUUAAUUUUUGGUGCCAUUCGCUCAUUCUGUGGAGGGAAUGGAUUACAGUCAAUCUUAGUAUUAUCCCGUUCCUUUGUUCUAUGUUGUGUGUAGUGACCCCAAGGUAUUCCAUUUCUUUGAUCUAUGUCAUAUGAAGUGACCGCAGCCUCUGUCAUGUGUUUAAUUACUUUUUGGUUUGAGGUGUGUUGGCGGUUAGAACGCUUGUUCCUUCUAUUUCUUCAAUGAAUGAAAUUCUUGGUUAUAAUUAAAGUUAUGUUAUUUUGUUGCUUUUUAA